GAAUGUAAAAAUAACAUGGAAAGUCCCUAAAAUGACGAUACUUGCGCGCAUGUACCCAAAAGUUCGAUUCAUUAUUCUUCAGACUAUGGAAGGAGAAACAGAAGCAUUGGUCGAAAGACAAGGCAUACAAACCGAGUUGGGCACUGUCUGUUUCUACGUGCGUUUCUAAGCUGGACUUGGAAGGUCACCAGAGGGACACAUGCUCUCAACAAGUAUAGUUAGAGAACAAAUGAGUCCCAUGCCAUCAUCCUGACCGAGAGUUUUCUUUCCUGUGUUGACAUCAACAGAGAACUACAACCGUUUCACCGAGCACCCGGACGACGUGAAAAUGGCGACUACAGACCCAUCACCAAUGGCUGAGCCGCUUCAGGAUAAAAAGACUCGUAACCAAGGGAAAGUAGGACCACAGGAAAACGGAGAGAUGUUUGACCAGAAAACUACAAGAAAUGGAAACCUGAAGGGGGCCAUUGUUGGCACCAAAGAAAGACUGGUCGCCGUCCUGACAACAGGAGGAAAGGAAAACGGCAACAUCGACGUUGACAUGACAGGCGUGGAAAAAUUGAAAAGACAGCUCAAAGAACUACAAGUUGAGGUCGUGGAUUUGCGACACUAUCGUGACGAUGUCCAGAAGAUUGAGAAAGAAAGGAAUGACCUCUUCAAGGCGCUACAGCUGUCUAAUGAAAAGUUAAAACAGCAGCAGGAGUUGAACGAAAAGCUACAACUCGAGCUCCGAGACAAGCAGCACGAAGUUAUGGAAACGACGAAGGCGAAAGAGGCCAUAGAAACCAGCUCACAAGAAAAGAUACGCCAGUUGAAGGAGCAGUUGAGGUCAUCAGCAUCGGUUGUCCAUCAGGAAAAGGCUGCCAAGGAAAAGGCCUGGGCAGAUGCUGUGACAUGGAGGGCUGCUACGGAAAGGUUGGUGGAGCAACACAGUUCCAUGGAGGAGACAGCGCGAGAGGAGCUGCUUCAUCUCACAGAGCGACUGAAGGAGCUGGAAAUUCUGUGUCGGACUGUCCACCCAUUGGUAAGAAAGGUUAUCAUCAACAUUUUACCCUGCUAGCUAUGCUAUAAUCUU